AUGAACUUUCUAAUCGGACGAGACACCGAGACACCGAGAAAAGAACGAGACAUUUUGGAGGUGCGAGAAAGGGCGAGACGAGAAAGGGCGAGACAGCGAGACGACCGAGAAAGGGCGAGACGAGAAAGGGCGAGACAGCGAGACGACCGAGAAAGGGCGAGACGAGAAAGGGCGAGACGGCGAGACGACCGAGACACGGCGAGACGAGACAGGGCGAGACGGCGAGACGACCGAGAAAGGGCGAGACGAGAAAGGGCGAGACGGCGAGACGACCGAGAAAGGGCGAGACGAGAAAGGGCGAGACGGCGAGACGACCGAGAAAGGGCGAGACGAGAAAGGGCGAGACGGCGAGACGACCGAGAAAGGGCGAGACGAGAAAGGGCGAGACGGCGAGACGACCGAGAAAGGGCGAGACGAGAAAGGGCGAGACGGCGAGACGACCGAGAAAGGGCGAGACGAGAAAGGGCGAGACGGCGAGACGACCGAGAAAGGGCGAGACGAGAAAGGGCGAGACGGCGAGACGACCGAGAAAGGGCGAGACGAGAAAGGGCGAGACCGAGACAGAACCGAGACACGGCGAGACGAGAAAGGGCGAGACGGCGAGACGACCGAGAAAGGGCGAGACGAGAAAGGGCGAGACGGCGAGACGACCGAGAAAGGGCGAGACGGCGAGACGGCGAGACGACCGAGAAAGGGCGAGACGAGAAAGGGCGAGACGGCGAGACGACCGAGAAAGGGCGAGACGAGACAGGGCGAGACGGCGAGACGACCGAGAAAGGGCGAGACGAGAAAGGGCGAGACCGAGACAGAACCGAGACACGGCGAGACGAGAAAGGGCGAGACGGCGAGACGACCGAGACACGGCGAGACGAGACUGGACGAGACCGAGACAGAACCGAGAAAGGGCGAGACGAGAAAGGGCGAGACGGCGAGACGACCGAGACACGGCGAGACGAGACUGGACGAGACCGAGACAGAACCGAGAAAGGGCGAGACCGAGAUGAUAAUGGAACGAGACGAGACCGAGACGAGAAAAAACCGAGACGACACAAGGGCGAGACACCGAGAUUUCUCGCAUUUUUGCGAGACGAGUCUCGACGAGACGACACACUAG